AUGACGCUUCUCUGUUAUGGUCAUUGCUAUGCUAGCUCUCAUGGAUUUGAUGAACUUGGGGCACCCCCCUCAACUUUGCCAACGGUUGGGACCAACUUAAUAGAAAUCAAUCUGAAGAGGAGAAAGAAGGUGACGUUAAGAGAGCUUGGAGGCUGCAUGAGUCCAAUAUGGCCAAGUUACUACAGUGAAGCCUCUUCAGUAAUGUUUAUGGUGGACGCCUCCAAUACUUCACAGAUAUCUUCAUCUUGCAUCCAACUCCUGUCACUUCUGGCAGCUGAGCCUCUUCAAGGUGUUUCUGUGCUACUAAUAUUUAACAAAAGGGACAUGCCUUGUUUAAUGGGCUUCAUAGAAAUGAAGUCACUUUUCAGAUUAGAAGAAAUUAUUGAAUUUGCCACUCAAUCGAUCACAACGUUGGAACUGAGUGCCUCCACUGGACAAGGUCUUCAGGAUGUGGUUGGCUGGUUGGAGUCAUCACCUACAAAAUGA